AUGGUGGUGGAACAACAACUACACGGAAAAAAUAAAGUAGAACACGACGAGAGCUGCAGGGAAUCAACAUGGCUAGAAAAUUUGUGGGCAACAAAGUCGCGGACCCGGUAUCGGCGCAACUUCUGGUCCCGCUGCUAUCGAACGGAAAAAUCCCCCCUCCCCAUAUUGAAACGGAAAUUUCUGUUGCUGGAUUUGUGUACACAAAUCAGCUCUGUCUUGCAGUGAGGCACUACAGGCAGAGCCUAAGCCUGCGUGUGGGGGGUUUGGUGUAGGUGCUUGGCAUAGCAGAGGCCUGCCAUGAUGCCGCCACAGCAUCCAUUACAAACCGCCUGCAUAACGCGGCGGACUCUUUGGAUUUGCCCUCUUGCAAGAGAGACUGGAUUUGUGGUCACAAAUCAGCAUCACAAAUUUUUAGAGUCAUACCUUGCCAGUAUGGGGAGGGGGGGAUUUUUUCUCUCAAUAGCUGCGAAAUCUUUCUCACUGCGGUCCUGCGCGAUCCGGCGCACGGGGUCCUCUUGGACGAGCUUUUUUCCCGAUUUGUGCUUGACCGGCUGAAAGUAUCCGAGUCACAGUUUAUUCUGAGAAAAUCUUCCCUCCCCAUAUCGAAAGGGAAAUUUGUGAUGCUGACUUGUGACCACAAAUCAGCUGUGUCUUGCGUACAAGGCAAAGUGCACCCAUGUGGCGCAUAGUGCAGCGAGUCUGUCAUGCGUUUUCUCCUAUGCCAGAUUUGUUUCUUAUGCUCAGCUGCUAGCCGGACGAUGCGUAGCACCUUCUAAAUGGGCUUAGAAUAAUAUGCCGCCACGUCGCUCUUGCUGCAAUAGAAAGCUCAUUUGUGUACAUAAGUAAAUCCAGCAACACAAAUUGUCUUUUGACUAUGGGGUGGGGGCUUUUUUCAGUUUGAUACAAUUCGCCGCCAAGUUCUACGCGAGUGACGCGGAGCUCGCGGACAUGCAGCGUGCCGGGAUGGUAUCAAAAGGAAAAAUCCCCCCUCCCCAUAUCAAAGCCGAAUAAAUCUGUGCUGCGGGAUUUGUGUAAGUACACAAAUCAGCUUUGUCUUGCAGUAUGGGAAUGCAGGCAGAUACGAAGCCUUCCGGGCGGGGAUGUUCUGACGUAGGCACUUAGCACGACAGAGACAGAUCCCCGCUGUAGGCCUAGCAGCAUUACAAACCGCCCGCAAAUAAAUGCGGCGAAGUGUCUGGAUUUGCCUUCUUUCAAUACAGAGACGCUCUGUGGCCACAAAUCCGCAUCACAAAUUUUCACAAGUGUCCCCUUUUGGUACGGGAAGGGGGGAUUUUUCCUCACGAUAGAUGGAGCUCGGCGCGCAUGGGUACUACCACGACAAGCGUGACGACGUCGAAAACUGGAACCGGUGCGCGACGGCGAUGGAACGCGUCCUGGGAACGUCGCCCGUAUCCUGAGUAAAAACGUACCCACACCAGAGUCAGGAUGGGGAAUCGGCUAGACAAAUCCACAAGUUUUGGCUGUCUUGCAUGACAAAUUUGAUGGAGCCGUAUUGUAGUGCUGUUUGAGCUAGCUCAGCAGCAUCACAGAUCUAGUAUAUGGUACUGAUUGGAGCAUGACAAAUUGCAAAGCACGAGUAGAAAACGCUUGUCAUGGGACUCCGCAUGAGAAACAUUUUCAGCAUGCACAUUUGCAUCACAACGAUGGGGUGGGGACGUUUUUAAAUACGAUAGCCUGUCAGUCUGACGUAUCCGAACGGAGACCACCAGACCGUGCCGUAUUAAGUGCAAAAGUAUCUGAUACUCGUAUUGCAAUCAUGCGUAUACAAAUCUUUUUCUGAAGGUAAACCCGCAUUACAAAUUUUAUUUCUCAUUAUUGCGCUCUUGCUGGACAUUACCAACAUUUGCCCACGCAGAGCCGUCCUCUUGCCGGACACAACCAACAUCUGUCCGAAACAACAGCCCAGGGCCAAGACGACACCGUGAGGACGUACGACCACAGGGGGUUCGUCUCAAUGAUGAUGAUCAUGCUGAGGAAAUUUGUGCUGCAUUCCAUUUAUAUUACGAGUGCGAUACUAUUGCAAUUCAUAUGCCGGACCUGCCGGCAAAACUGUGUGAGAGAAUAAAAUCCCUCCAAGCCGGGUUUACCCUCACCCCCGGAUCCUUUCACGUCAACCCGGUAACGGGGCAGCUACUCGACGAGGAGAUGGACCCAGUCGAAAAAAAACCUUCGCGAGGACCGUUUGGAAAACAAAUGCUGCUACCACGCGAAGACUGCCGCUCUUAUCAAAUGCAAAAAUGUCUGGUCUGGAAGAGUGCAAACUUGUCAUGCAUAUUUUGCAUGCCCCGUGAGGUCUGCAAUGCAGGACUUAGCAUGACAGGUUCUGCGAAGUCUCUAUCAUAUCUAUCCUGCAUGACAAACUGCCGCUAAAAAAACUUGUUCAGAAGUGGACACCUUUUGAUAUUUGCAAUGCAUAGCUCCAUCGUAGACGCGCAUGCGGAGACCAACCGAGUGGCUUUUUUGGUCUCCGACAUGCCCACGGCACUGGUCGCCCUGGAGUAUCUGCUGCAGACGCAGGAGCGUCGCAUUGGACUGGUAAUCCUUCAGCAGCAGGAGUCUCAUGUAUUCUGUGUAAAAACAUUCCCACCCCGAAGUUGUCAUGAAAAUGCGCAAUGUUGACAGGAAUCGAUUUGUAAUGCGUAUCUCCACGAGAGGCAUGCCCAGUCGCGUUUUGACAUUUGUAACGCUGUAAAUAGAAUGAGAAAGUGGCUUUCUCAUGCGGCUUCCCUUGCUAGCCAGCACUACCCUGCAGAUGGAAACUUGUCAUGCAGAACUCCCAAAGCGUGCGGAUUUGUGUUGCAGACUUCCCAUCUUGACUACUGUGUGCGGACGUUUUUACUCAGGAUAUCAUGAUGUUUUUGCUCAGGAGGACAAAGUGCAGCGAGAGAAUAUCGCAAGAAAAAAGUGUUACAGUUAUAAAUUAUGUUGCAGAACACGCAGGAGGGAUAACUACCUCUGUCAUGCACGAAAUGCUUUCAAACCGUAUUUCGUACGUGUUUCCCCGUAGGAUUUCUGCAAUGCAAGUUUUCCCUCUCAUGCAGAGAGAUUUUUUGUGUUGCUGAAUGGACAACAAAUGUGUAACUGUAACACUUUUUUCGUGGUAUAGAGAACCUGGGAGAAGGCGGAGAAUCGACGUCCUCCAAUAUCCUGUGUAAAAACGUCCCCGCCCUAUAGCCAAGAUGGGAAAUCUGCUAGACAAAUCAACAAGCACUGGCUCACGCGCAUGACAAGUUUGGCUUCGACGUAGUGCUGUACUUAAUCCUUUUCGGCUACUUCAGCAGCAUCACAGAUCUAGAAUAGGAUGCUGAUUGGAGCAUUACAAAGGGCAAAACACGACUAGAAAGUGCUUCUUAUGGGGCUCCGCAUGAGAAAGAUUUUGAGUAUGCAGCUCUGCAUGACAACUGCGGGGUGGGGACGUAGUUUUUAAACAGGAUAUUAUCCGACGCGGCCAGGGGUCCCGUUGCCGGCGCGGUAGAAGCCACGAUCCAGCUGGCGACGCAGAUUGAGUAUCAGAAGGAAAAAUCCCCCCUCCCCAUAUCGAAGUGGAAAUCUGUGAUGCUGGAUUUGUGUACACAAAUCGGAUUUGUCUUGCAGUGGAGCAGAGCCGGGGUAGGGACAUUUUGGUGUAGGAACCUAGCAAGGCAGGCAUAUUCUCCGUAGGCCAUACAGCAUUACAAAUUGCCUGCAGAACGGGGCGGGGUUUUUGGAUUUGCCUUCUUGCAAUACAGAGACGAUUUGUGGCCUCAAAUCAGCAUCACAAAUUUUCAGAAGUAUCCCGUUUUGGUAUGGGAGGGGGGAUUUUUCCUCACAAUAUUGAGGACCUGUGUGCCUUGCAUGGCGUCGACACGCACCGGGCCCAUACCGCGGACCUGCGGCACUCUGCGGACCUGCAAGCGCUCGAACGCGCGCGGCCCAGCGUGUUUGUCUCCGUCGGAUGGCGGGCCUUGUCUGUCCCGGCCUUGGCACAAACAGAGUACGGCGCCUGUGGGCUGCUCAAAGUGCGAGUAAAAGGAGGAGAAAAUGAAAAUGAAACAAAAACAACAAAAACUUCCUCUUUUACAACCACGACGUCGUCAACGGAUCAUGAUCUCGUUGUUCAUGAAAAUAAUGAUCACAACAUAUUCUGAGCAAAAACGUCCCCACCCCAGAGUUGUCAUGCAAUUCUGCAUGCCAACGAAGUUUCUCAUGCGGAGCCCCAUGAGAAGCAUUGUCUAGUCGUGCUUUGGAAUUUGUGAUGCUAGAAUCAGCAUGCUAUGCUAGGUCUGUGAUGCUGCUGAGCUACCUAAAACAGGACUACACUACGAGGACAGACUUAUCAUGCGAAGUAACCAAAGCUGGUAGAUUUGUCUAGCAGACUUCCCAUGUUGACUCUGGUGUGGGGACGUUUUUACUCAGGAUACAACAGCCACCUCUCGUCGUCGCCACCGACAGCUCCUGCACAACAUCCUCAUAUCAAAAGGAAAAAUCCCCCCUCCACAUGCUGAAAAGGUAUGUUUCUGAAAAUUUGUGAUGCUGAUUUGUGACCACAAAUCCUGUCUCUCUUGCAAGAGGGCAAACCCAGAGACUCCGCCACGAUAUGCAGACGAUUUGUGAUGCGGCAAGGCCUAUAGGGCAGACGUCUGCCAUGCUAGGCCCCUACACCAAGAGGCCCCCCUUAGGCUUACGAUCUGCGUGCAGUCCUUUACUGCAAGACGAAUGUGAUUUGUGUACUCAAAUACAGCAACACAGAUUUCCGUUUUGAUAUGGGGAGGGGGCAUUCUUCUUCUUGAUACCUCACGAUACUAAUUCUGGUGCCCGAAUAAAACAAGAAGAAGAAGAUCCUCCUCCGCCUGUAAUACCAUUUCGUCCUUCCGCCAGGCGGGCAGAGUCGGAACAGACCACUAGCCUCGGAUUCGGCCUCUUGGUCAACAGACGAGCAGCACAUCACCACGACGACCAGGGCAAAGUAGGUUUGGAAGCGGACGUGGUCGCGAACAAGAUGUUACGGACUACAGUGGACGAGGGAAUAGAUCGUGCAGGAGGAACUACUACUUCGCAACAAGAACCUGCUGGUGUUUUUGACCUCCAAGCUAGUGGAUUUCAUGAUUUUGAUGUCGGGCCGAUGGGGGGUGCUGUUCCUGCCUCGAGUACAACAAGAACUCGUGCAUCAACUAGCACUCCUGCCAAAAUACAGCUUGCUUCGCCAGCUCAACAACCUGCUCCCGGGGUCCUGGGUGUAAAAAAAGAAAAACCAACCUCGUCGAAGAACAUUCUGCAUGGCGAUCAUGUGACGAUGAAAAACAACAAUAGUACUACAACAGCCCUCAACAUUGCAAAAGAAUCGAUUUUGCUCGGCUUACUCCUGGCGGCGCAUGUCGAAGGGUACGUGUUUCGGACUGCCUCCGACACGGGUCGGUUGAGCUCCGCCCUGUUUUCCUCGUCGGAGGCAAGAACUCCUGGAGCAAGAGAGACGUCGGCAAGAACUCCAGAAGUAGUUGCACAACUACAAGGCGCAGCAGUUGUAGUUCAUGAUUCGCCUGGCACAAUUUCUGGGUCUUCUGCAAGUAGAACUACUGUGGCAGGAGUAAAUAAAACAAGUACCCCACCUCCGCAGGAGCUGCACACCUCCCAGCAACUACACGAGGCCGUGCGGAUUUUUCCGGCGCAUCAUGAUGUUGCAAAAAAAGUACUAGUACCCAAUGCGGAACAACUAGUAAGCAACAACACGCGGAGCAACAAGCACGCUCGAGCGACUCGAACCCUCGUUCGAGCGACCUGUCCCUGCCUUCCCGAUUGUGAGACGGUGACAAGCUUGUGGCCACUCCCACGCACGGUAUACAAUGGAUUGAGCGUAUCGAAGGGAAAAAUUCCCCCUCCCCAUAUCAAAACGAAAUUUCUGAUGCUGGAUUUGUGUACACAAAUCCGAGCUGUCUUGCUGAAGAGCACUCUACAGGCCCAUACCAAGUGUGAGUAGAGAGGUUGUGGCCUAGGCACUUAGCAUGAAAAACAUCCGCGCUGUAGGCCCAACAGCAUGACAAACCGCCCGCGCAAUCCGACGGAGCCUGCGAAGUUGCCUUCUUGCAAGACAGACACGAUCUGUGACCACAAAUCAGCGUCACAAAUUUCCAAAAAUAUACCUUUUCAAUAUGGGGAGGGGGGAUUUUUCCUUACGAUAGAGCGAGUGCCACAUUCAAGAAGCAGCGCCGCUGGUUAUCCUAUGUCAAAACGUCCCCACACCAUAGUCAAGAUGGGAGGUCUGCAACACAAAUUCCCAAGUUUUGGGACUUCUGCAUGACAAGUUUCCAUCUGCAGUGUAGUGCUGGCUAGCAAGGAAAGCCGCAUGACAAAGCCACUCUCUCAUCCUGUUUACAGCAUUACAAAUUGCAAAACACGAUUGAAACGCCUCUCAUGAAGAUGCGCAUUACAAAUGUUCCUGUCAUUGCAAAUCUGCAUGACAACUCUGGGGUGGGGACGUUUUUGCUCAGGAUACUGGUCAUGAAAGAAGAAGCAGCAGCCUCUGAGGACGCCAACAUGGUCAGUCGACAGAACGACCAAAGUAUCAACAAAGAUGAGGAAAAUUCUAAUGGCGGUUGUUGUCCAACGACUUCUUCGUCGUGGCUUUCAGUGCUUGCCGCACUUCUGCUGUCACAGGCCGCGAAGGAGGGACUGCGAAGACUCCAAGAACAGUGUGCUGGUCGCCCUCGUGCUGGUGAUAAAGGGGGAGUAAAAAAUGAAAAGGAAACGGCAGCUGACAGAGACGCGCGACGAGCACCAGGACCAACACAACUUCUAGGUGCAUCAACAAAGCGAGGGGAAGAUGCUGCAAAGGAGGCAAGUAUUGUCGGAGAUGAUGUUGAAAAAGAACCGGAAGUAGAUCAUGCUGCUGUAGGCGGUACGCCGACUCCGUAUGAUUCUGUUAUAGCCGGGACUGUGCUUCACACGUCUAGUAUUUCUGGGGGCUUCGCUCUUCUGGCCUGUGUAAAGGACCAGGUGUGGUUCGUAGAGAAAUUCGAGACUGACGCGAUUUAUCCGCGUGACCUCCUCACGCCGGCGCCAAUCUAUGCAUACAAGUAGAAUGGGCACUGACUAGUAGGUCGAUCUUUUGAUUUUAACCACCUAGUAACGUCAAUACAUAGGCUUGAUGUAAUUGUAUUCAGCAUCGUUGUUCUAGCGAUUUGAGUGAUUAUAGGGUCGUUGAUGAUGACGUUCCUCUUUUGAUUUAGAUAGAUAUCUGCCGUAGUGCAGUUGUUCUGAGAGCUGUUGAAAUUAUGUAUCCAAGAAAUUAUAGGUAUAACUUGACUACAAAAAGAAUUUCUACAGAGUUCUUGAUUUUUGCAUCGUUGCGACAGAUGUACUGUGUGCACAAGAACCUUGUCACCGUUCCAGAUUUAUUUCGGGAGUUGCAGUUCCGUAGCAGUAAGUGAAUUUUUGCGGAAAGUAAACAACAUUUGGACGCCACGACCGAAAAACUGACCCAGAAGGCAUUGCAAGUAUAAAGGAGGAAAGUGAGAACGCUUGUCAUCAUCAUGAUGGGCAUUAUUUCUGCAAUUGUUCAAAAAUGUCCCUAGUGUGAAUAAACUUCUGGCGAUACAAAAUAAAGCAGUGAUGCCAUCAAAAACAAAUGUUCAUGCAAAAGAACCUGCAAGAACCUAAUGACUGUGACGAUUUUUUUUUCCGUAGUAGACUCAGACACUUUUGUGUUCGCUUCAUUUGAAUUUCAAAGUAUAGCUACGUCCUCCUGCUGCGACGGCAUUUGCUGGUG